AUGUCUAGUGUUCAAGGCUAUAUAAGUCAUGGAAUUGCCAAUGUUUAUGCACACUUUGAGACUCCAAUGGAAAACCACAGCAAUACAGCUCUUUUGCUUGAUAGAAAAGAUAUUGUGCUUGUUAAACCUGCAAAACCAACACCUUCAAAGGUUCUUUCUUUCUCUACUAUUGACAAUGAUCCCAACCUUGAAAUUCUAUGUCAUAGUGUUUAUGUGUACAAAGCAAAUUCUGUUUCUUCUAAUAAUGGCAAUGCUGACCAUGAUCUUGCAUCGAAACUUAAUUGCCAAGCAGACCCUGCUUGUGUAAUUAAAGAUGCUAUAUCGAAAGUUUUGGUUCAUUACUAUCCUCUAGCUGGAAAGCUGAAGAGGGACGGUAAAGAUAGAAAACUUCAUGUCAACUGCAAUGCUGAAGGUGUGCCAUUCUUAGAGGCAACUGCAAAUUGCAAACUUGCUUCUCUUAAGUACCUAGAUGGGAUUGAUGCUGAAACUGCCAAAGAAUUUGUCUUCGAUUUUCCAUCAAAGAGUGAUUUUGGUUACCACCCUUUAUUGUUUCAGGUGACCAAAUUUUCAUGUGGGGGUUUCGCCAUUGGAAUGGGCUUAUCGCACUCGGUUUGUGAUGGCUUUGGUGCAUCACAAUUGUUCAGAGCCUUGGCAGAACUUGCUAGUGGUAAAGCUGAGCCCACGGUGAAACCUGUGUGGGAGAGGGAGAGGCUAGUAGUGAAGCCUACUCAGGGACCUCUCCUAUCCCCAGUGGACAAGACUUCUUUAGCUGCCUCACCAUAUUCGAUAACAGAUGACAUUCUGCAUGAAUGUUUUCUUGUGAAUGCUGAGACCAUAAAAAGACUCAAAACGAGUCUCGUGAAGGAAUGUGGAGAUCAUCAAGUGAUCAUAGAAGAAAGUUUCACCACUCUUGAAGUUCUUGGUGCUUACAUUUGGAGGUCAAGGUUUAGAGCGUUCAAAUUGAACCCAGAUGGAAACACCUUGUUCUGUCUAGCUAUGGGGAUAAGACACCUUGUAAAUCCACCAUUGCCAAGUGGGUACUAUGGAAAUGCUUUCGUGGGCACAAAUGUGGUCAUGAUGGGGAGAGACCUCCAUGAAGGGCCAUUAUCUAGGGCUGCCAAGCUCAUCAAAGAGAGCAAGAAACAUGCUACCGAUACUGAAAACAUUUGGAACCAAAUAGGCAUCUUGGACAAAGUCAGGGAGCUAAACUUUAAGAUUGAUUCAGAUAAUGGUGCAUCCAUGAUUUUAACUGACUGGAGACAAUUAGGUCUUCUGGAAGAAGUAGAUUUUGGAUGGAAAGGUUUAGUGAACAUGAUACCAGUGCCAUUGAAGAUGUUUGGCUUUGUGUAUUUGUGUAUUUUCUUGCCUCCUUGCAAUUUGGUUCCUUCAACGAAAGGUGGGGUUAGAGUUCUUGUUUCUCUCCCAAGAGCUGUCAUGCCCAAGUUCAAGGAAGAAAUGCAUGCUCUCUCUCAGCUUCGUCGUGAAGAUGUAGUUCCAAUGCUUGAACCUGCCAUAUUAACUUGA